AAAAAAGGAAAAAAAAAGGGAAAGGAAAAGGUCGAAGACUCGCAGGUGUUCCGUCUCGAAAUCCUUGGUUUCUGAGGAUUUGGGAAGGGCUUUCGCUUUUGCGUGGAUUCAUGGACGGAUGAUCAGGAAGAGAGAGAGAGAGGGAGGGAGGGAGUUUGAGAUUUAGAUUUAAGGAUGUCGCCGGGGAAGAUAGAAGGCUCCUCGGCGCCGCCGCGUCGACGAGAUCUGUAUGAAGUGUUGAGCGUUUCGAGGGAUUCAUCUGACCAGGAGAUCAAGACUGCCUAUCGGAAGCUCGCUCUCAAGUAUCAUCCUGAUAAGAAUGUCGGCAAUCCUGAAGCCUCAGAACUCUUUAAGGAAGUGGCAUACUCAUAUAGCAUCCUAUCUGACCCAGAGAAGAGAAGACAAUAUGACACUGCUGGAUUUGAGGCCUUGGAAGCCAAUGGCAUGGAUGUGGAGAUUGACUUGUCCAACCUUGGCACUGUCAAUACUAUGUUUGCAGCACUAUUCAGCAAACUUGGUGUUCCUAUCAAAACAACAAUCUCAGCUACUGUUCUUGAAGAAGCUCUCAAUGGAACAGUUACAGUCAGGCCUCUUCCUCUAGGAACAUCAGUUAGUGGAAAGGUUGACAAGCAAUGUGCUCAUUUUUAUAGUGUGACAAUUAAUGAUGAACAAGCUCAGGCUGGGAUAGUUGUUAGGGCUACAUCAUCAUCACAAAGUAAAUUUAAGCUUCUUUAUUUUGAGCAAGACGCAAGUGGAGGUUAUGAUUUAGCUAUACAGGAAGAGAGUGAGAAGACUGGGAAGGUAACAUCAGCAGGGUUGUACUUUUUGCAUUUUCAAGUGUAUAAAAUGGAUUCAUCUACUAAUGCGUUAGCUAUGGCCAAAGACCCUGAGGCUGCUUUCUUUAAAAGAUUGGAAGGUCUUCAACCUUGUGAAGUCUCUGAAUUAAAACCUGGCACUCAUAUUUUUGCUGUUUAUGGUGAUAACUUUUUCAAGACUGCUUCAUAUACCAUUGAAGCUUUGUGUGCAAGAUCAUUUGAAGAUGCAACUGAGAAGCUCAAAGAGAUAGAAGCUCAAAUUCUAAGAAAGAGAAAUGAUUUACGGGAGUUUGAAAUAGAAUACAGAAAAGCAUUGGCACGUUUUCAGGAAGUCACAAACAGAUACAGCCAAGAAAAACAAAUUGUUGAUGAGUUGCUAAAACAAAGAGAUAGCAUCCAUUCAUCAUUCACCACUGAGCCAACAGUGACCAGUGUUGGUAAUGGUGGUAGCACUAGUGGCAGCUGCAAAGCUCCUGAUGACGAAAACAGUAUCGACAGCCCAACAGAGGACAACACUUCAGAUGCCAGAGACAGAUCAAUCAAGAAGAGAUGGUUUAAUCUCAAUCUAAGCAAGAAGGGUUGAACAUGAAACAAAGCCAUCCCUUUGUAACUGUAUUUUGUUUCUCAUACAUGGGUCAUAAAACAUUGAUAAUUCUUUUGUAGAUCAUGAGAAGUAGUGUGUGUGGUUCUAGAAUGAGAAGGAAUGUUGAAAUUGAUGAUAUAUAUAUAUAUAUAUAUUUGUGCUA